UGUGGCGGCGCUGCACCUGAUGCUCUGCGCCCUGCUGCUGCGCACCUUCUUGCUGAAGUUUCCUCGCAGCUUCACUCCUGGCGAGGCACUACUGCUGGCGCAGGGCACGUCGCUGUAUGCCGUGCAUGCCAUCGCCAUCACCUGCUCCCAGCUUCUGCCAUCCCACCUGCUGCCGCUGGGCCUUCUCCCCUCCGCGCCAUCCUCAUCGUCCUCCAUCGACCUCUUUCUCGCACGCGCCGACGCCAGUGUGCAGGCCCUCGUGCUGGCGAUGCUGCUGCUGCCUCUGCUCUCCUCUGCCGUCUCCUCGCCUGCAAGCACCACGCGCCGAGGGCAGCACGGGGGGCGCACGGCAGCAUUCUACGCGGCGCUGCUGCUGCUGCUGGGCCACCUCGUGCCACUCUGGCUCGCCCACACCGCCCACACCGCCCACAUGCCACCGCCCCCUGUGCUCUG